CGGAAAAGGGCUAAGCAGAGAUUCUUGGCAUGGGCUUAGCAGGGCAGGAUACCCUGAGAUGUCAUGUCAUGACACGACAUGAGAACAAGCCCAUGAAGAAAGGAAUGUUCAAUAUAUGGGGCUCAAGAUAUAGCCAGGGAAACCGAAAAAGAAGAUAUAAAGAGGAAAAGGGGGCUCGACUGUAAUAAGCCCCGUGUACAACAUCCAACACAAAACGAAUUGUAUGCAACAUAUGCCCGCCCCCCCGCGCAGGAACAAAAAACGGCGUUCACAGGUCUCUUUAACAAUCUCAUGUAUUAUAUAAUGCCUCCUCUCUGGUUUUUUUUGGAGGGUUUUUGACAAAGCAUAUAUACCACGGCAACUAAAGCGUUGCUUGUGAAGGGAAUGGGUAAGCGGGCAAAAGGAUAU